AUGCCGAGUUUGAAAUUCUUUAAAUGUUUGUUGCUUCUUCAAGUUACUUAUGUCCGAGCAUUUGGUGAUUAUUGGGCAAAAGUGGAUUUUGGACCAAAAUUCUUAAGGCGUCAUUGUUCUAUCAAAUACUAUUGGAUUGAAUUUGGCGGAGCCAGCGUCCGGCCAGGUAGGGCAGCUUUCCAGGCUCUGCCCAGCCAUACUUCACCAUCCCGCACCACCACCACUUCAAGAUUCGACAACCAAUCACCCCAAAAAGUGGCUAGGGAUGUUAAGUUGCUUCCAAAAUAUGUCCGAGGGGAGCUUGUUAUUCAUCACACAAUAAGGAAAAAGAUCAAUGAGAGAAUUAUGGCUGCAACUGUGUCACUCAAGAAAAUUGAAAGUGAGCCUCAUUAUAGUCAAGACUUAAUUAAGGCCUCAAAAUUUUUGAAUAAAACUUCUACUGAGGCUGACAUUCACUUGAUAGUUGAAGGCGUGUUGCAAAAAACCAGUGAAAACAUAGCUGCCUUGCACUUCCUUGCCAACAUAAAUAAUGUUAAAAAUGCCAACCCUAAAAAAAUUUGA